AUGUCACGAGUUAACAAACCUCCAAUGUCGAUUUCUCGUAUUGUUCGUAAUAUUUGUGACCAACCUGAUAAAAUAGCUGUAGUUGUUGGUACAGUUACAGAUGAUAAGAGAGUAUUAGAAAUGCCAAAGAUCACCGUUGCAGCACUUCGUAUUACAAAAUCCGCUAAAGAAAGAAUUUUAAAAGCUGGUGGUGAAGUUUUAACUCUAGACCAAUUAGCUCUUCGCGCUCCAACUGGUUCUAAUACCGUCUUACUUAGAGGUCCAAAAAGUGCUAGAGAAUCUGUUAAACAUUUUGGUAUGGGUCCACAUAAAAACGCCAAACCUUACGUCAGAUCUAAAGGAAGGAAAUUCGAGAAGGCUCGUGGUCGUAGAGCUUCUCGUGGGUUCAAGGUGUAA